CAUCUGUUUGAGGUGAGGAAGAGGAGAGGCAGGAGGAAGAGGAAGACGAGCUGAGGUGUGAGUGAAUGCAGCCAUGGCCUGUACACCCUGUCCAUAGAGGAGCUACUGAGUGGAAGAGAGAUCAAAGAAGACAGAGACAACCAACAGGAUGAAACUGUGGGGGAGGUCAGCUUGGCCUUUGCAGGUGGCCUUCCUCGUUGCCUUGGUGAUGCUCUGUGUUGACCCGGUGUCCGCUGGCAGCCGUAACCAUCGGGGACCGACAGUCUCGUACCAGGUGAAGCAGGGGACAUGUGAGGUGGUGGCCAUCCAUCGCUGCUGUAAUAAGAAUAAGAUUGAGGAGCGCUCUCAAACCGUCAAGUGUUCCUGUUUCCCUGGGCAGGUCGCUGGCACCACCAGAGCCAGACCCUCAUGUGUGGAAGCCUCCAUUGUAGCCCAGAAGUGGUGGUGCCAGAUGCAGCCGUGUAUGGACGGAGAAGAAUGUAAGGUCCUGCCUGACCUGACUGGCUGGUCCUGCAGCACUGGAAACAAAGUCAAAACCACCAAGGUCACACGAUAGCAAGAGAGCCACUGAGCCACGAGGAAACCUGAAACUCUCCAUGUGGAAAGGAUGGAUGACUCACCCAUAUUUACUGUACGAUUGGGAAAUUAUCAAGUAAAGGACCGCUGUCAGGCUAUCCAUCACAAAACAAUGGGAUAAAAUGUACUCUUCACAAAAUACGUACACUUACUUUCUACAUGGAGCCACACAUAAAGCAUAUAUAGUAUGCUGGUUGUUGAGACCAAUGGCCUACAAUCAUGGACACCCAGGGUACAUCUGGACACAAAUGGACUCUUAUUUUCCAAUAAUGGACAAAGUGUGGUUUGAUCGAAAAUGGUCAAUUUCAAACAGUGUUUAAGCAUUUCAAAGUAUAUAUUUCAACAAAGCAUUUGUGGAUGAGUGUGAGAUGUGAACUAAAAGCUGUGCUUAGAGUGCUGAUGGACACAGUCUAGACCUGUUGUCAAUAUGUAGAGCGUAUACUGGAGACAGUUGGGGAUGAUUUGGGGGAAAUGAAAGAGAUAGCAGCUCAUAACUAGCAAAUAGCAAAUUAGCAUCAAAUUGCUCUUGUGGGUCAAGUCACUACUAUGAAGGCUGUUUUGCGGGAGUCAUUUUGCAGUUCUAAUUAGGAAUUGCAGUGUAGGAUCAUAACAACAUAUUAAAAAUUCAUGUAAGAUAUUUGCACUAGUUGAAACCGUUUGGGAAUGUUUUGUUUUUCUAGAUAUUUCCCAUCUUUUGCUGUGGAUGUCACAUGAAAUUGAAGGUGAGCAUUUUGUAAAAAUGUCUGACAUUUGAAGUAGAUAAAUAUAUAUAUAUAUAUAUCAUGCCCCAUUAUUCCUGAGUAGUUAUUGGUUAAAAAUGGCUCAGACUAUUGAGCCUUGCUUACAUACAGCUUGGUACAAUAUGAACUAGCAAAGUGUGAUUCAUCUGUCUCAUUUUUGCCCGAAAACAUUUCCAAGCUCAGCCUUCAAAGUUAUAUAUCUUUGAUCUAUUAUAUUCAGUCUGUGACAUCUCUUAUGUUAACUGUUAAAAGAAAGGAGGCCCAUAAA